AGCUAGUUUAACGUGAAGCAGUGGCGUCAUUAGUUUACUUUAAUUUAAAGUAGCUCAUAUAAAAUAAAUCCGAUAUGUCACAAGACGAAAAGUUGCGAAAAUUUGAAGUAAUAUUACUAGGUGAUAAUCACGUAGGAAAAUCCUGUCUGAUUAACGCAUUCAAUACGCUGAAGUUCAACAUUUUAGAACCAACGAUAAACGUAGGUUUCACUAGUAAAGUAGUUGAUGUGGAUGGAUCGGCGGUGAGGCUAGGUAUCUGGGAUACCGCUGGACAGGAGAGAUUUCGAUCAAUGACGGCAAAUUACUACAGACGCGUCCAAGGUACUUUACUUGUUUACGAUAUCGGAGAAAGAAAGAGCUUCAGCAGUUUAGAUUCCUGGCUCGACGAUUUAGACAGAUACCGAACAUGCGAUAAGAUGUGUAAAAUUUUAGUAGGGAACAAAACUGAUUCUUCGGCGCGAGUAAUUAGUACAGAUGAAGGACGCCGAUUUGCGACAAGGCAUCAAAUGCUAUUCGCGGAAACAUCCGCGAAAAACAACACAUGCGUAAAAGAUGCAUUUCUUCUAUUAGUUAGAGAGAUGAUGAAAAUUGCCCUCGCAAAGGAAAAAGAAGAGAACGAAAUGGACAUACCGGAAAUGAAGUUAGAGAUUGACGCCGAUUUAGGGAAACAAAAAGCAUCAGGAUCAUGCUCAUGUUAGAUUGUUCUGUUCAACUCAAUGAUGUAUCCAAACGAUAGGCAAAUCGAGAUUUCUCCUCCAAACCAGUUUCUCGCGAUUUUGCAACAGAAAAAAGUUGCAUGUUUAUAUUCAAACAGAGUAAUAUUAAAUAGCAAAAACCUUA